AUGGCAGACGUAGCACCUCCAGCAUUCAAGAAGCGCGCCAACAAGAACUCGAACAUACGCAAACGACCAGCAACAACAGCACUAGACGACUCAGCAUCGGAAUCAGACUACACAGAUGACGACGAAGCGGGCAUACGAGUCAAGAGGCGACGGAAAGAGGGCGUCAAAGUGGUAGGCGAAACCCAGCGACAAUCACAGACUUUCAGCAAAUCCACUGCCUUCGAAGCCGACCGCACAAAAGUCAUAACAGCCAACGAUGAUGCGACCAAGUCUUCAAACUGGUACAACGAGGCCUCGAACGCUGCCGAAACCGUACGAGCCACAGCACGGCAUUUGCGGGAAGAGAAGGAGUCCGGCGACGACAGCUACAAAGGCAGCUCGAAGUACUCCGACUUCAUACAGAAGGACACGAAUGGCUCGAGCAGACAAGUUGGUCCCGUGAAGACCUCGACGAACGUGCGGAUGAUCACGGUGACGGAUUUCGCGCCAGACGUGUGUAAAGACUACAAGCAAACGGGCUUCUGCGGGUUCGGCGACAACUGCAAAUACCUGCACAUCCGCGAGGACUUCAAACAAGGCUGGCAACUCGACAAAGAAUGGGAGAAAGCUGGCAAGGACAAGAAGCCUGGCAAGAAACCCGACGAACCGGACAGCGAGGAGAAGAUGCUUGAGAAUAUCCCCUUCAAGUGCAUUAUCUGCAAGGAGGAUUAUAAGCGGCCUAUCGUAACGAAAUGUGGGCAUUACUUUUGUGAGAAGUGUGCGAUGGUGAGGUAUAUGAAGGAGAAGAAGAAGGGGUGUGCGAAUUGUGGGGUUGAUACGGGGGGGACGUUUAAUGUGGCGAGGAGGCUUAAGGAGUUGCUUGAGAGGAAGAGGGAGAGGGAGGAGGCGAAGCAGAAGGAGGAGGAGGGUGGGGAGGGUGGGGAGGAGUAG